AUGAGCUGGAACGGAUUCAAGAAGACUGUGAAUCGCGCGGGAACGACUCUCUUGCAGAAGACGGGUCAGAUCGAACGUACUGUCGAUCAUGAUUUCACGACUGAAGAGGCGAAGUACAAGAUCUACGAGAAGGAGUGCCAGCAACUAUUGAAAGACUCGAAGACCUAUCUAGAUGCUAUGCGCAGUAUGGCCUCCACACAGACUCGUCUGGCCGAGACGAUCGACACAUUCUAUUCCGCAUCCGGUCGCUCUACCGAGGGUGCCAUUGCCGCACACUCAUAUCGCCGAGCUGCAGAAGAGUUGGAUACAGGAAUCAAUCGAGAACUUGAUCAACCCUUCCGUACAACUGUCCUCGACCCUCUUGGAAAGAUGAAUGCCUAUUUCCCGGUCAUCAAUGAACACAUCAACAAACGCAACAAGAAGCUACUCGACUACGACGCUGCACGGAGUAAAGUGCGCAAGCUUACCGACAAGCCGAGUGAUGAUCCGACCAAGCUACCCAAGGCUCAACAAGAACAUGAUGACGCGAAGGAGGUCUUCGAGUUACUUAACUCUCAACUGACGGAAGAGCUGCCGCAGUUACUCCAGCUUCGGGUUCCCUACUUUGAUCCUAGUUUUGAGGCCAUGAUUCGCAUGCAAUGCAAGUUUGCGGAGGACGGCUACGAGAAGCUGAGCGGGGUGCAGAGAUAUUUUGAUGAUAGUGUGCGCGACGAUUACGCCGCGGGGCAGCUCGAUGCGCAGGUUGAGGGUGUACUGCAAGAGAUGCGCGAGUUAUCCAUUUGCGGGGCGGCUUAG